AUGUCCGGUAAAAGGAUAUUCAAUUUGGACACUAUCAAUUUUCUUAAAUAGUGGAUCUACUUUUCCUUUGAUCUUAUCCAAUUUCUAAUUGAUUUCUUUGUAAUAUUUAUUUGGAUUUUGAGCUUCAGAUUUUAACAACUACUAAUGUUUAUCUAUUAAUGUAUCCAAGUGAUGUUGUCUUUGCAAUUCUCUUUUUUUAAUUUCAAUUAAUUCAUUUUUGAAUUUAUUAUCAUCAAUCCUUACUUAUUAUUAAGGUUGCUUUGA